CCCGGCCGCAGCCCCGGGGCGCGGAUGCUUGCCUGCCGCCCGCCCUCUCUCCAAGAGCGGCUCUUCCUCCGGGCUGCGCGACUCCAGACGAUCCCCUAUCUGUGCUGAGCGACCAGCCUGGCUGGGGAGCGCAGAGGAAGAUGAGAGACUGCUUGGGCACCAGCACUAGUACCAGGAGUCCCUGCACUGGGUAGAGCCUCCGCCACAACCUGGGCAGUCAGUAAGGGCUCUGGGUUUGCAGAGAGUCGAAAUGACCAUGACUGCCAACAAGAAUGCCAGCAUCACUCAUGGAGCUGGAGGCACUAAGGCCCCUCAGGGGACUCUGAGCAGGUCUCAGUCAGUCUCUCCACCUCCAGUUCUCUCCCCACCGAGGAGUCCCAUCUACCCGCUCAGUGACAGUGAAGCCUCAGCCUGCAGGUACCCCAGCCGCUCCAGCUCCCGGCUGCUCCUCAAGGACUGGUGCCCCCGGGACCCUUCGCCCCCAAAGCCUCAAGAUCCCUCCCCAGACACUUCACCACCCAUCUGUCCCCUCAAGGCCACAAGCUUCAGUUAUCUGGACAGGAGCCCUUUAGUGUGCAAGAGAGAGGACCAGAAGGAGAAUGUCCAAGGGACAGCCCAGGAUGUAGAGGGAGUAGCUGCUUGCCUCCCCCUUGCCCAGAGCACUCCGACCUUGGUGUCGGCAGCUGGCCCACGGAGCCUCUUGCUGAACCGCACUGGCACCCGUGCCCGUAGCUUGGGCAUUCGGGAGAAGAUUUCAGCAUGGGAAGGUCGCCGAGAAGCUUCACCCAGGAUGAGCAUGUGUGGAGAGAAGCGGGAGGGCUCUGGGGGCGAGUGGGUGGCCAGUGAGGGCUGCCCCAGUGUGGUGCCAUCCCCUUGCAGCUCAGAAAAGACCUUUGAUUUCAAGGGCUUCCGGAGGAUGAGCAGGACCUUUUCUGAGUGUUCCUAUCCUGAGACCGAGGAGGAGGGAGAGGCACUCCCUGUCCGGGACUCUUUGUACCGGCUGGAGAAGCGACCAGGCCGGAGUGAGCCCAGUGCCUUCCUCAGAGGGCAUGGCAGCAGAAAGGAGAGCUCAGCAGUGCUGAGCCGGAUCCAGAAAAUUGAGCAGGCCCUGAAGGAGCAGCCUGGCCGGGGACUCCCCCAGCUCCCCAGCAGCUGCUACAGCAUAGACCGAGGGAGAAGGAAGACUGGAACCUUGGGCACCUUGGAGGAGCCAGCAGGGAGCGCGAGUGUGGGUGCUGGCAGCCAGACAACAGGAGUGGCUGGAGUUGGGAGGGAGGCGGGCCCACCCCCAGAGAGGGAAGGCAGUGAUUCCAGUAAGCCAGGGACUCCUGGAAAUAGUCCUGGCUCCCAGCUGCUGCCAUCAAAGAGCUCUGAUCCCGCUGUGAACCCUGUCCCCAAACCUAAGCGCACCUUUGAAUAUGAGGCUGACAAGAACCCCAAGAGUAAGCCAAGCAAUGGUCUACCUCCUUCACCCAUACCUGCUGCUCCACCCCCUCUGCCUUCCACCCCAGCCCCACCAGUCACCCGGAGACCCAAGAAGGACAUGCGUGGUCAUCGCAAGUCCCAGAGCAGAAAAUCCUUCGAGUUUGAGGAUGCAUCCAGUCUCCAGUCCCUGUACCCCUCUUCUCCCACUGAGAAUGGUACCGAGAGCCAACCCAAGUUUGGAUCCAAAAGCACUUUAGAAGAGAAUGCCUAUGAGGAUAUUGUGGGAGAUCUGCCCAAGGAGAAUCCAUAUGAGGAUGUGGACUUAAAGAGCCGAAGACCAGGACGAAAAUCCCAGCAACUGUCUGAAAACUCCUUGGACUCUUUGCACAGGAUGUGGAGUCCUCAGGACAGGAAGUACAACAACCCACCCACUCAGCUGUCCCUGAAACCCAGCAGCCAGUCCCUGCGCAGUGGGAACUGGUCUGAAAGGAAGAGCCACCGGUUGCCACGAUUACCUAAGAGGCACAGCCAUGAUGACAUGCUGCUGCUGGCUCAGCUGAGCCUGCCAUCUUCACCCUCCAGCCUCAAUGAGGACAGCCUCAGCACCACCAGUGAGCUGCUCUCCAGCCGCCGGGCACGCCGCAAUCCCCAGCUUGUCCAAAGAAUUAACUCCAUCUACAAUGCCAAGGGAAAGAAGAGGUUAAAAAAGCUGUCUAUGUCCAGCAUUGAGACAGCCUCACUGCGAGAUGAGAAUAGUGAGAGCGAGAGCGACUCUGACGACAGGUUCAAAGCUCACACGCAGCGCCUAGUCCAUAUCCAGUCGAUGUUGAAGCGUGCUCCCAGCUAUCGGACACUGGAGCUGGAGCUACUCGAGUGGCAGGAGCGGGAGCUUUUUGAGUACUUUGUGGUGGUGUCCCUCAAGAAGAAGCCAUCCCGAAACACCUACCUCCCUGAAGUCUCCUACCAGUUUCCCAAGCUGGACCGGCCCACCAAGCAGAUGCGGGAGGCAGAGGAAAGGCUCAAGGCCAUUCCCCAGUUUUGCUUCCCUGAUGCCAAGGAUUGGCUCCCCGUUUCAGAGUAUAGCAGUGAGACCUUUUCUUUCAUGCUGACUGGGGAAGAUGGCAGCAGGCGCUUUGGUUACUGCAGGCGCUUACUGCCAAGUGGGAAGGGGCCUCGGUUGCCAGAGGUAUACUGUGUCAUCAGCCGCCUUGGCUGCUUCGGCCUGUUUUCCAAGAUCCUAGAUGAAGUGGAGCGCCGGCGUGGGAUCUCCGCUGCCUUGGUCUACCCCUUCAUGAGAAGUCUCAUGGAGUCACCCUUCCCUGCCCCGGGGAAGACCAUCAAAGUGAAGACAUUCCUGCCAGGGGCUGGCAAUGAGGUGUUAGAGCUGCGGCGGCCCAUGGACUCCCGGCUGGAGCAUGUGGACUUUGAAUGCCUUUUUACCUGCCUCAGCGUGCGCCAGCUCAUCCGAAUCUUUGCCUCACUGCUGCUGGAGCGCCGGGUCAUUUUUGUGGCAGAUAAGCUCAGUACUCUGUCCAGCUGCUCCCAUGCUGUGGUGGCCUUGCUCUACCCCUUCUCCUGGCAACACACCUUCAUUCCUGUCCUCCCGGCCUCCAUGAUUGACAUCGUUUGCUGUCCCACCCCUUUCCUGGUUGGCCUGCUUUCCAGCUCCCUCACCAAACUGAAGGAGCUGCCUGUGGAAGAGGCACUGAUGGUGAAUCUUGGAUCUGACCGAUUCAUCCGACAGAUGGAUGAUGAAGACACAUUGUUACCUAGGAAGUUGCAGGCGGCUCUGGAGCAGGCUCUGGAGAGGAAGAAUGAACUGAUCUCCCAGGACUCUGAUAGUGACUCUGAUGAUGAAUGUAAUACCCUCAAUGGGCUGGUGUCAGAGGUGUUUAUCCGAUUCUUUGUGGAGACUAUUGGGCACUACUCCCUCUUUCUGACACAGAGUGAGAAGGGGGAAAGGGCCUUUCAGCGAGAGGCCUUCCGCAAGUCCGUGGCUUCCAAGAGCAUCCGCCGUUUUCUUGAGGUUUUUAUGGAGUCUCAGAUGUUUGCUGGAUUCAUUCAAGACAGGGAGCUAAGAAAGUGUCGGGCAAAAGGCCUGUUUGAACAGCGGGUAGAGCAGUAUUUAGAGGAACUUCCAGACACUGAGCAGAGUGGAAUGAAUAAGUUUCUCCGAGGUUUGGGCAACAAAAUGAAGUUCCUCCACAAGAAGAAUUAAAGCCUUACCUAGUAGCAGAGUCCAGUGCCUUGCAGAGCCUGGAGCCUCGGAACAGGGCCCAGUCUGGGACCCUCUGGUCUGCUGUGGCUGCUUUGCUCCCACAGACCCCACCCUCCAAGCCAGUCCACCUCUGCCUUCAAGAUAUCCCAGGAUACUGUUUGUAAAUAAUCUGCUGUAAGCUUUCUUAACUGUUUUUGUAACGAGCAAAGAGAAUCUGGUAAAUAUUUGUAUAUUCCCAAGGGGCCGGGUGCUUUCCUGCCCUGCCCGAGCAAGGAUGAAGUCUCGCUGGGUGCUGGUGACUGGCUAAUUAUGUGCAGCUGACUGUCUCAGCCAAACCACUGAUCGUCCCCUGGAGGCUCCUGGCCUGCCUGCCUGAGGCCCCUGCUGCCAGUCUUGGGCCCUGGAGAGCAGAUGCUGUCUUGUUAUAUACAGGAGGACUAUUUUUUUUUUUUUUUUUUAAUCUUAGAGUUUCUAUUUUUUUUUUU